GCCUGUUUGCUGGUACUGGCACCCGAAAUGGGCUCCACCCCGGCGGAGGCCCAGGUGUGCGACCCGGAGGACGUUCAGAGAGCUCCAGAGGGGGAGGGGAGCCGGGCGGAGGGCAGGAGCUGACUCGCUUUCCAAACCUCCGCCCAUCAGUCACCUCGCAGGGCACAACCUUGGGCGGUGCAGGCGGGCCCCAGCUCUCCGAACCCCACUCCCGCCCCACGAGGGUGAGAGGGAGGCAGCCAUCUCCCCAGGAAGAGCCAGGAAAAAGCCGGCGCACCUGGCCGCCAGGUCCCCGAGAGGGAGGUGCGCCCUGUCCGUCACCGCCUCCCUUGACCGAGAUUCCCCGGAACCCCCAGCCCCGGGAUCCCAGCGCCCCCGGAGGAAGCAGCCCGGUGGGGCCGGGGUCGUGGAGCCCCCAACCUCCCCACUGCCUGACAGAGACCGAGCUGGACCCGCCACCCGGGUGGGUCCUUCACUCGAGAUUUUAGCAUGAAGAGUUGUUUGCAGGCCUUUCUUGAGCCCCCCAGGUAACAACAGACCUGUUGGGUGCCCUGUGCACAUGCGGUGCCUGAGAGUCCGGUUGCUGGUUUUCUCAGUGUGGCACUAAGGAUCCUGUUCAGUGCAUCUACGGGUUUUUGUUGCGGUGGCGGCUGCCGCUUUUUAUUUAUUUUCUUUCUUUGAACCGGGCCCUGCCCUGCUCCUGCUGGCGCGAUGGCCCAGUCCAAAGCCAAUGGCUCACACUAUGCGCUGACCGCCAUCGGCCUGGGGAUGCUGGUCCUCGGGGUCAUCAUGGCCAUGUGGAACCUGGUGCCCGGCUUCAGCGCCGCCGAGAAGCCAACAGCUCAGGGGAACAAGACGGAGACCGGCAGCGGCAUUCUCAAGAGCAAGACGUUCUCCGUGGCCUACGUGCUGGUCGGAGCCGGCGUGAUGCUGCUGCUGCUGUCCAUCUGCCUGAGCAUCCGGGACAAGAGGAAGCAGCAGCGAGGGGAGGAGAUGACACACAUCCAGUAUCCGCCGGGGGCCGAGCCCCACACCCAGGAGGAAGACAGCCAGGAGGAAGAGGAGGAGGCUUCCUCCAGGUACUACGUGCCCAGCUACGAGGAAGUGAUGAGCACAGACCUCUCGGAAGCGAGGGGACCAAACCAGAGCCCGCGGAUGAGCAUCUCGCUCCCCUCCUAUGAGUCCCUGACGGGCAUCGACGAGACGGACCCCACGACAACCGGGGUCGACGUGGAGGGCGGCCUGCGGAAUCCCCCCGACAGGCAGAACUCCAAGUUGGCUAAACGCCUGAAGCCACUGAAAGUCCGAAGGAUUAAAUCCGAAAAACUUCACCUCAAAGACUUUAGGAUCAACCUCCCAGACAAAAAUGUCCCUCCUCCCUCCAUCGAGCCCUUGACCCCCCCACCACAGUAUGAUGAGGUCCAGGAGAAGGCCCCCAACGCCCGGCCGCCUGACUGAUGGCCCCUGUCUGGCACAUUCCCUCCUGUGACUCACCCUCCGCACCCACAGAACCCCAUGGAGCCACUCCAGCCAUAGCUGAGGAGCGGGGGACAGACGCUCACUGGGCAGUGUGGGUGCGGAGUCAUGUGGCUCUGGGGUGACUCACAUCCCCAGAGCCUCGUGCAGCAGGCACAUUGGAAAGAUGCUGGGGACGGUGUAAGCAUCUUCCCCAUCGUCCUUCCUCAACUGAAUCGUUGAUGACAACAGCCUCUUUCCGACCAGGAAAGGCCACCCAGCCACCGGUUUAGACUGUGGUUUUGUUUCGCUUUCACUGGGACUGUCUGGUUUGCUUUCUGCACUGGGGUCCUGAACUGUGAGCAGGAAACACGACUCGGGGCUGAAGAAAGGACUCGGGGCUGUUUGGCGAAUUAGGCAAAACAAAUGGCUGGGUGAUUACAUGGGGGUGAGGCCCAGGUAGGGGGUUCUCAGGGCCCGGCACGCGGAUGGUUCUUCGAGGGCCCAGGGUCUGAUGAUGGUCUUAACCGGUGUACUUUCCUAGUCUGUCCUAUGUAACGGCAGGAAAGGCCACGUUCUGUUCCUUCUAAAAUGCUGUGCCACUGAGCUUUUUAUAAUAAAAUAUUUUAUAUGU